AUGUCAAGGCAGGGUGGGAAUGUUCAAGUUCCAUUCGGUGCUGGUUUCUGGAACAGUCCAAAACCAGCUCAGUACAGCAAAGAAACUCAGGACCUGCUGAAAGUGAUGAUGCAGGAAUCCAAACUGACAAACUUCCAGCAACGUCAGAUAAGAGAGCGUUUACAGAAUGGGGAUACACUGCCAGUUCUAUGUCAUCCCAGCUCCAGCCUUGCCCAACAUAAACCUCCAACCUCUGAAUCUACACCAAAGAAAAAAACCAUUACAAAUGCCAGAUCAGGCUUACGCCCUGCAGAGAAAUGCAGAGCAGGAGAUGCUUACAGCAGAGAGAAAUUUCAACCCCGACCAACCCGAGACCUGAACAAGGAAAAAAGACGGUUACAAAGCAUUAUGGCCACAGGGAAGGAUCUGCCAGACAUCCCCCAAGCACCUGUACAAAUAGAGGAGACUGAAAUAGAGGAAAGGGACAGAUUUGAUGAGUUGGUGGAAGAAAUCCAGGAGAGAUGGGAUUUCUUGACAGAAAUGGAAGCUUUGGGUCGAGGAAGACAAUAUUACAACAAUAUUAACACAGAAAUUUCACAGAAGCUGCGAGAGAUGGAAAUUAUUGAUAAGCAGAGAAGUGCUGCACUCAGAGAAGCACUGCAGAAGUCAGAAAACAAGAACUCUGCUCUAUCAAAUGAAAAUUAA